AUUCAAAUACUUCACUCACAACUAGAGCACACACUUUAUUUUUAGAUGUAUAUAGGUGUGUGCAACUUCUCUCCAGCAAUGUGGCCUGCAGUGCUCAUUUCCUGCAUGCUGCUGCUGCUGCAAGUUUCAGCAAAACCUGAAUUUCCAGUACCGAAAUACUUGGUAUUGUUUCCUUCCCAAGUCCAAAGUCUGGAAUCUGCAGAAGUGUGUAUCCAUGUGUUUGAAUCUAUUAGGCCAUUUACGCUGACUCUGACACUGGAAACAAACAAUAGCAACCAAACCAUAUUUGCAGAUAAAGUCCUUACUUUACCCAGACCAGAGUCCUGCAACAGCUACUAUAAAUGUUCAUUUUUCAAGGCUCCACCUGUCAAGGUUACUGCAGACUAUAUGAGGGGAACAGUCAGCACAUUAUAUGUGACAGGAACAGAUGUGCAGAAGAGAGUUAUAGUCAAUGAAGGAAAGCAACUUCUGAUCCUUAAGCGAAUGACUGAAACAAUUAUCCAGACAGACAAGCCAAUCUACAAGCAAGGAGAGAAAGUUGGGUGCCGUAUUGUUAGCCUGGAUUCAAAAUUCCUUGCAUCAAAUGAUGUGUAUCCCUUGGUUGAACUGCAGGACCCACAAGGUAACAGGAUUGGCCAAUGGCUGAAUCUGAAGCCAAAUCAAGGCAUUGCAGAAUUAUCCUUUAAAUUAACCUCUGAGGCUAUGCUGGGGGAUUACAAUUUACAUGGUGUGAAAACGGAUGGAGACAACAUUUAUGCUUCCUUUACAGUGGCAAAAUAUGUGCUACCAAAAUUUGAAACUCUUGUCAAUGGUCCUGAAAGAAUCACAACUUUGGAUCGACACUUCGAGUUUGCUAUUUGUGGCAGGUAUACAUUUGGACAAUCUGCGAAAGGUAUAAUUACUGCAACUGUUUGUCGCAACACUUAUUACUGGGGAUACUACAGAGCAUUCCCAAAUGAGGGUAAUAGCAUAUGCCAGUAUUUUUCUGGAAAGACAGAUAAUAAUGGUUGUUUUACUGCUGUUUGUGAAACUGAACCCUUCUUGAAUGUUACACAGUGGUCCUAUCAAAUGCAGUUAGACAUCACUGCUACCCUUGAAGAGGCUGGAACAGGGAUUAAAGUGAAUGGGGCUGGAACAAUUCCAAUUUCACAAACCCUUGUAACAGUGCAGUUCCAAAAUGUUUCUAGUUACUACCGGACAGACUACCCUUUCUCUGGUCAGAUAUUAAUGCAGGAUGCAUAUGGUAAAGGAAUUCCAAAUCGACGUGUUUACCUCACAUCUCAGUAUUCUAAUUAUCGUAUAAAUAAAACAUUAACAACAGAUUCCAAAGGCAUAGCCUACUUCUCCCUGACAACUUCGAACUGGUCAAGCAGCAUUAAUCUCAGAGCAAGUUAUUUACCUGGUGAACCAAUAUACUCAGGAGAAUACUCUGAUGGAUACCAUUAUCUUGAGGAAUUCUAUUCUAAUACCAAGAGUUCUUUAUUGAUUAAACCCCAAUAUAAGGAAUUCACAUGUGGAAUGGCAGCUGUCAUUUGGGUAAACUAUGUCCUGUCAUUUACUGAAGUACAUGAGACCUCAUGCCAAGCCAUCUACUAUAUGGUAAUCACAAGAGGAAGCAUUAUCAGUACUGGCAGACAUGGAGUGUCCAUACCAAGAAGACCUAGAAGUGACAUAAAAGGUUCGUUCUCCAUUUCAUUUCCAACCAGUAGCGAUACGUCUCCUACAGCACGGGUCCUGGUAUACUCUGUAGUUAAUAAUGGAGGAGUGAUGGCUGACAGCUUUGAUUUUAAAGUUUCCAAAUGCUUCAAGAACAAGGUUGGUCUACAGUUCUCUAAGUCAAAAGUCCUUCCAGGAUCUAAGCUGUCACUUAACAUCAAGGCUGCUGCAGGGUCCUUGUGUGGCCUGAGAGCAGUAGAUAAAAGUGUCCUUCUUCUGAAGCCAGAGACAGAACUAACAGCAGAUCUGAUAUACAAUCGUCUUCCUGUCCAAGACACAUAUGGAUACCCUUACGAGGUUUAUGAGUAUGAAUCUUAUUCUUGCAAUCAAAAGCGUAGGCCAUACUUCUAUUAUCAGCCUUACAUGGACACUUCCAGGGUUUUUCAGAAUACGGGCACAAAAUAUAUUACAAACUGUAAUAUGAAGAAACCAGUAGAUUGUUCACAAUCAAUUGAACCACAACCAUAUUUGUCUGGUGAUGUGGGUGCAGCAAGGCCAGUUGCAGCAAUGAAACUUCAAGCUGAAUCACCUAACAGUGGAAGUGGGAGUAAGCCCAGAACAAAUUUUAAUGAGACUUGGUUAUGGCAGUUAGAACCUCUUCCGUCUGGUGGAAAAACAAUUUCUUUAACCAUCCCAGACACAAUCACUGAAUGGAAAGCCAACAUGUUCUGCACGGCCCCUAUUGGGUUUGGGUUGUCAGAUACUGCAUCGGUGAUCACAUUCAAGCAGCUCUUUGUAGAACCAGCCCUCCCUUACUCCAUGGUUAGAGGAGAAACUGUCAAUCUAAUAGUCAAGGUCUUCAGUUAUGUACCAGGCUGUGUCAUGGUUCGCAUUACUCUCGCAAACUCUACAGAUUAUGUUGCUGUUCCAUGUACUAAUUGCCAGUAUACCAGCUGCCUGUGUGCAAAUGAAGACAAAACCGUAUCGUGGAACAUUACACCGAAAAAACUGGGUGUGACAAAUUUCACCAUCACUGCUGAAGCUAUACAGACAAAACAAUUGUGUAACGGAUCAGUUCCAGUGGUACCGCAUGAGGGCAGUUCUGACACUGUGAUCAAGUCACUCACAGUGGAGCCAGAAGGAAUCCCAGUGCAACUUUGCAAGACCUCACUGAUAUGCCCUAAUGGCACUUCUGUCAGUGAUGUUUUUAUUAUGCAGCCUCCUGCUAAUGCUGUUGAAGGGUCUACUUUAAUCAGGUUCCAGUUUGUUGGUGAUGUCAUGGGGAUUGCACUGUCGAAUAUAGAGAACCUUCUUUCCAUGCCAUAUGGAUGUGGAGAACAGAAUAUGCUGGGUUUCUCUACUGACACAAGUAUCUUGCACUACCUAAAAUCUACUAAUCAGCUAACAGAUAUCAUUAAAGAAAAAGGCAUCAGCUUUCUACAAAGUGGUUACCAGACAGAACUAAACUACAAGAGGAAAGAUGGCUCCUUCAGUGCAUUUGGGGAUAGUGAUAAAGAUGGAAGUCUUUGGCUUACAGUUCAUGUUUGCAGCCAGUUUGUAAAAGCCUCAGACUUCAUCAGUAUUGAUCCUCUUGUGAUAGAUGGUGCUAUCCAAUGGAUUUCACAACAUCAGAUGGCAGAUGGGUGCUUUGAAAAUGUUGGCAAGCUAUACCACACAGCUAUGAAGGGUGGAGUUAAUGAUAACUUGUCACUUUCUGCAUUUGUCUGCUACUCUUUGCAAGAGAUUCCAGAAAAAACACCAACAAUUGAGUUGCUGAUAAAUAACACCUUAACCUGUUUGCGGAAUGCAACGUCCAAUGUUACUAGUUCCUAUACAAUGGCACUGUUGGCAAAUGUGUUUAGGUAUCCUGAAGAUGCAUCUCGCAGAAAGAUGUUCCUGGACAAGUUAGAACAAAUGGCCAUUAAAGAAGGUGGCUUGAUUCAUUGGGAAACACCUAAUUCUGUGCCCGUCACCGACUCUUACUGGAACCCUGCCCCCUCCUCUCAGGUGGAACUGGCUGGAUAUGUUGUGCUGUCAUUCUUUUAUAAUAGUGUCUUAACAGAGAGUGAACUCGGCUUCGUCUCUGGAAUAAUACGGUGGAUAGCAAAGCAACAGCAAAACAAUGGUGGUUUUGAAAACACACAGGACACUGUUGUUGGUUUUGCUGCUUUGGGAAAAUAUGGUGCUUAUAUUGGCAUUGAUACGGUUCAAGCAAAUAUAAACAUUUACAGAGAACAAACAAAGUUAACAACUAUACAGAUCAAUGAUGUAAAUCGUCUGCUACUUCAAGACUGGUUUGUUAGAAAUGCAGCUGGCAACUACACAACUGAAGUCACUGGCAAAGGUUGUGUACUUCUUCAGGGAAUUCUGCAGUACAACAUACAUUCAGCAAAGAAUCUGAACACUUUCUUCUUUGAAGUAUCAACAAGUAAAGUAUAUUGUGAACCUCAACCCAGAUUUAAUAUUAAUGCCACUACAAGAUACAUAGGAGACCGUAAUGUAACCAACAUGAUCAUUAUUCAGAUAAAGAUGCUGACAGGUGUCAGUCCUGAUCUAGAGUCUCUCGAGGAGCUGAAGCAACAACACCUUGUGAAGAAUGUAGAAUACAGUGAUAGUGUGGUCACCAUAUAUCUAGAUGAACUUAUGCAAGGACAAACUGAGCAGUAUGUCUUCACUGUGAACCAAGAUGUUCCUGUGAGCAACCAGCAGCCUUCUUCGGCCAAAAUCCAGGACUACUACCAGACAGAAGAGAAAGCUGAAACUACCUACAAUGGACCAUGUAACCAAGCUGCUCCUUGAAGGUCUUACCGGAAGAUGACAACAGUAUUAUGAUCACUGCUUCUAUCAAAUAUUUAAUGUAAUUCUAUCUUUUAAUAUUCUUGGUUGGUCUUGAAGGAAUAUUUUAUGAAUAUUGUUUAAAACUGUAAAAGUGUAUGUCACUGUAAAUAAUUUAGAAAAGUUGAUGUAUUUUACAGAGUAUUGUUAUUUACCACUCAUAUGUGUGUUCCUUGUCCACUAUACAACUAUUGUAUGUUUUUUGACUUCUUAGGUGCUGCUGGCUUUUAACUAUUAAACCCGAAAAUGGAAUGUAGUGCCACAUGAAAUAAUCAUACAAGUAUAAAUUAUGCAUAUUUGCUACAUUUCUCCUUGUGUGGCUUUUAAUUACUAAUUGUAGCACUGUAAUUGGUUUGUUCUUGGUUUUUUGCUAGUUAAGAAAAGAAAGUCUUUUUCAAUGUUUCACUUGUUUUUGGAGAUGUUUGCCCUGCCUCCAGGUUUGCACAAAUGAUAAAUACUUGUCAUGAACAUGAAUCUGCUCUGCAAACAUAAACAGAAUAUGGAAUGCAUGGCUGAACCAUUUGCACAAAUAAAUAUAUGAAUAUAUAUGAUACUUCUUGAUGUAGUAUCACUUGUAAUUUAUAACUAUUAAAGUGCAUCAAGAUAUUCCCUUUGUUUAUCUUAUUCUUUAAAUUCCCAACUUCUGAAAGCUUGGUUAUGAUUAUAGUCUUGUGGUCUGACAUUCUAAAUCAGUUUGGAAUGUUCCAUUCUAAAUCAGUUUGGAAUGUUCCAAUUAGAAAUCUGCAACAAUAAUCAUGUUAAAUGCCAAUCCCAUUCCCACAUUAAUGUCAGCAGAGUAAGGCAGAUGGGUGAAUGUGCAUUUAAGAUAUUUACGAAGUGAUCAUCAGUAAUAUGGACUCAAUAUACUAGGAUUAUCUCCUAAACAAAUAAUUAAUUUAGAAUGUCCACCCAUAAUAAUUAAAAUUACAGGGGACACUCCUUUUGGAAGACAUUCAUUUAAAAAAAUGGACUUGCAAAUAUUCCUCAUUCUCUUAUAACUCGUAUUGAUCUGUUCGUUUCACACUAUAUACAAAAAAGGACUUUCCAUCCAACUGAUAAUUACUUUUCUAGCCCUUCUGGCCUACCUAGUCAUAUAGUCCACAUAUUUAAAUAAAUACUAUUUCUGUUCAUGUCAGUAUUUGAAAAUACCACUAUUAUGAUACAUGGUGAAUUUUAUUUUGUGUGUGUUAUAGUUAACGACUAUUUUUGCAUUACAACUGAUUUUAUGCUGACCCAGUGAAAACUACUGUACUCAUCUUAUUGUGUAAUUUAAACUGAACUGUAUUGUGUUAAGUUGUCAGGAUCUGCAUGCACUAUUAAGCAUCUGUAACUUUUUAUCUUGGGCUUAAUUUUUGCUAAUAAUACAUACAGCUAUCAUGCAUUGAAUUAUGUGACUGUGCAGCUACCAAAUAUUUACAGAUAAAAUGUUUGUCUUCUUAAAAUGCAAAUCUGUAUCUGCCCACAUUCAUUAAUAAAACACAAAUUUUCUGUUUCA